CAGCACUGCUAUAAAUGUUUGAAGUGCAAAGAAACAAGAUGCCCUGAGUAUCUCGAAAGUAAUCUCGAGAGCAGACACAAAGCAAACACGUCACCGAUCGCCACGUCAGCAAGUCGCAUCACGCCCAUAGCCUUGUCAGCUUAAACGUUGAAGACAUUACAGCUACGGACUAUUUAUACAAGAACUUCCAAUCACCACUAGGACCCACACCACCGUCACCAACUAUGGGUUGCAUGUCAAGCAAGCCCUCCGACUCGGAAGCAACGGACGUGAAGAUGGCUUACGUCCCGGGCAAUACGGCUGGAGGAAGCAGCGGCGCAUAUCAUAGCGGGGGUCAUAAUACGUAUGGUGGUGAUGGUGGAGGUGGAGGUGGAGGAGAUGCUGGCGGUGGCGGCGGUGGCAGUUGUUGAUAGCCGUCAACAGGAACGAGAAUCGUAUUCUCCGGCACCUUGGGCAAAUUUUCACACAUGCCUUUCGAUGGCUCGAGUAAUGUUACACUGAGGAUUUCCCUGUAAUGCAACCUUUUGGUGUGUGUCCCUAAUUGUGUUGUGCAUUCUUUUGACUUGUUUGAGCUCCAAACCUUGCAACCUAAGGUAAC